AUGCCUUUGCAGGCUCUUGACACAUCCAUCUUACCAUCUGAUGCUCUCUCUUUCUACGAUAAUAGUUUUUACGAUUUGGUGAAAAAUAUUGCAGGAACAACUGAAGCAAAAUUACUUGAAAUUCAAGGUAUUAGAAGUGUAUAUUCUUUUCUUCAUACAGAUGACAUCUUUGAAAUUCUUACAAUUAAAUGUUCUGCUUUAAAUGACAUCAAAGCAUCGAUUUGUUUAGAAGCAGAUGAUAAAACUUUCAUUGUCAAACCAGGUUAUCGAAGCAACAUCCGAUACCUUUAUAAACUUUUACAUCAGAAACAUGAAGAACAUUUAAAGGAAAUGUCUAAUAAUUCGACCACAAUUAAUCGUCAUGAUUUUGCAAUUCAUACGUUAAAUGAAUGGAUUAACAAACAAGGUAUUAAAUUUGGUAUUCCAAAUGUGAAAUUAACUGAAAAUGAAGACUUUUGGCUUUUAAUUGGUGAUGAUGAAACUGAUACACCACCAUCUAUAUCAUGUUCGUGUGGAAUUAAGGUUCAGCUGGGUGUUAUUCGUGGAAGCAUUUCCUUGAGCAAUUAUUAUAAACAUUUAAAAUCAAAGUCGUGUAUUAUCAAGAAGAAAAUAUCGAAACACAUCAAUGGUGAAUCGUCCAAAAUUAUCGAUGACGAAUCUUCUGAUGCUGAAACAUCACAAAAUAAUUCAAAGUCUAAAGAUAUACAAUGUCUAACAUCAGUCAGUACUAUGAAUGAACCUGCAACUAUAAGUAAAUCAAAUAAACGAACAACUGAUCAAGAUAAUAAUAGUUUAUCGAAAAAAAAACGUAUUUAA